UCAAAGAAUAUAAAUUCCUGCAGUCACAAAAGUUUUAAGUCAAAAUCUACUUUUAAUUUAUGCUUGGCGCAUUAACCUUUUAAUCCGUUUUUGAGAAAGGUGAUUGAAAUAAUGCAAUAUUAUUUCAGUGAAUGUAUGUCAGGUGUGAUAUGUAUAUAAUUAUAAAUAUAUUGCAUUCUCCCCCAUUUCACAGAAAACAGACUUUUUGAUUAUGGUCCAGAAGUGAAUGACCGAGAAUUAAAAGUCAGGUUAACAGAUUUCGUGUCUCCUUCCUUCACACCUCCCUAUGGGUUUCCAUUUUCUUCAAAGUUCUACCAACAGUUGUAUUUUUCAGACAAUGGGUUGAUUGUGUUCAAAGAAGGUGACAAUCCUACACGGUUCGCCUUUCCCAACCCCAUCAAAAAUGGAUUUACGAGUUCAUUCACUGUUCCCAUGGUUGCUGUUUUCUGGGAUGAUUCCGAUUUUUCAUCAGACAACGGGACGAUGUAUUUCCAGGAGUACGAUUUUACAAAAAACAGCAACCCCCCGACCAUGCACGCCCAGGACCUCCGUGAAAGAGUGAAGGCCCAGAUCCGGGCCAACUUCAGCAGCAGCAGUCAACCAGACUUACAGAACUAUGAUCCCACUUGGAUGCUGAAGAUCACCUGGAAGGAGGCCCCAGCUGUACCUGCCAGGAAUAACUUGGCAAAUACAAAUACCUUCCAGGCUGUCCUGAAUACGGAUGGCGUCUUCUCAUUCUGCCUAAUAAUGUUUAAAGAUGGAGGCAUGCUGUGGAGGCCAGAGACCAGAGACCCAAAUACCAACAAUGCACUAAUGGGAUUUCACAGUGGAACCAAGGAGCUCUACUAUAAUCAUCCACUUUCGAGGGGAAAUAUUUCGGUUCGUUAUCGUCCAGACCAGGCUAUUGGACUAGACACAGGUUUAAAGGGAAGGUGGGCUUACAGGCUGGAAAAUAACUCACUCAGCAUAACCAACCCAAAGCGUCAAUGCCUAGAGUGGGUCAGGAAUGAGACAGCCCUUCCUCCCUUGGCCUACUUCACCUCUUGUCCCUGCUCCUAUCAGCAAGGAGUGUUUGACAGUAACUACAUUGAUGGCAACCUAAUAAGCCUCUACUACUCCUUUGAUGUUCACUACGUCCCAGGUGCGCGCUGGAUCUUACAAAGCUUCAGUAAAAACCGUUUUGGGGGAGGCGUGAGGUGCUACUACAACAGGCUGGGGGCACUCAUGUCCGGGUGGUAUGAAAGGCAUCUACCCACCCCGUGGAAUCCUCCCGUCAAUGAAUGGUCUCUCUAUGUCAUUAGUAAUUACCAAAGGGCCGGAUUCUACGAUUGGAUGCACAAUGUCUGGUUACCACAAGAGAGGCAGCACUAUCUAGCAAACGAACUGGAACCCUACAGAUCCUGCUGUCAAAAAUCUGGAGAGAGCAGGCUGUGCGAGCUAUAUCAGCAAAGGCGCCCUCGUAACCAGUGUACUUUCUAUAGGCCACCCAUCUCUGCAUUCCUAAUCGGUGACCCCCACAUUACGACGCUGGACAACGUCUCGUAUACCUUCAACGGCCUCGGGGAGUUCACCGUUCUUCACGCAUUCGGAGAGAAUGGCAGCGAGUUAAUCCUGCAGGGCCGGACUGAUGUUGCAGGCACCAAUGGGACCUUCAAAGCCACCUCCUUUGUAGCUCUUGUCGCGCACGAGACGGGGGGAGCCAAGGUGCAGUGGAUACUCGGAGAUAACAGCACUGCAGUCUUUUUAAACGACGAAGCUGUGAAUGUAACAGAUGUUCCAUUCAUAAAAAACUCAACAUCAAUUCAGCGGUCAGGAAUUUCAGGCCUAAUGGCCUCAUUCCCGUCGGGCAUCUCCGUGAACGUGUCAGGGGUUUACGGGGCCCUCAGCUUCAUCAUUCUGCUGCCAGAAACGUUCAUCAACCGCACACUAGGCCUACUAGGUGUUUUCAACAAGGAUCCCACAGAUGACUUUCAACCUUCAAAUGGCACUGUGCUGCCAUUCAAUGGAACAUUACCACCAGAAUCUACAAUAUUUUAUGAGUUUGGCAUGACUUGGAAAACUACACCAAGCACAAGCCUGUUUUCCUAUAACAGCAGCACUGGGGAGAGCUGGUACACCUUCAACAACAAUAGCUUUGUGCCACUGUUUUUUGAAGAACUCGUGAAUCAAACGAGCCCAGAAAAUCUGGCAGCAGUUGAAAGUACCUGUGAAGGGCAGAAGGAUUGCAUUUUUGAUGCACUCAGCACUGGAAACAUACUAUUCGGACUCGCCACGCAAACCAGUGCUAACGCGUUUAUCAAAGUGGGCCAAGAGCUAAAAAACUUCCCACCAAACAUUACUUCCGUUGGACAGAUGAAUUCCAAACUGAAUGAAACAGUGUUCUUCCAGCUGAUUGCAGUGGAUUUAGAAAAUGACCCCAUUGACUUUAACAUCAUAACUAACUCCUCAGACCUCAGUAUUACAAGUGAUGGGAAUUUCACAUGGAGUCCCAGAAGCUCAGAGCCAGUGUUUGGCGUGGUGAGCGCCAGCGACGGCAAGGCCUCCUCUGUGCUACUGCUCAACCUCACUCUUUGCAACUGCAGCGCCCACUCCACGUGCCUCUACAACCAGACCACCCUGAGCAUCAACGGCAGAGAUGGAUCCACUUACCAGGUUGCUGGCUGCCUAUGUGAACCUGGGUACACGGGGACAUACUGCGCAGAAGAUUUUAACGCGUGUGCAGACAACCCCUGUCACCCUGGCGUGAAUUGCACUGAUUUCCCCCCUCCAUCCAUGAAUUUUACAUGCGGGCCGUGUCCAGCACAUCUAAAAGGCGAUGGAACAAAGUGUUAUGAUGAGAAUGAGUGCUUGGCGCAGCCACGGGUGUGUGAUCAGACAUGUGAAAACACGCUUAGUGGAUACGAGUGCAGCUGCACAAAAGGCUACAGAAUCAGCCCCACAAACAGCUCCCAAUGUGAAGACAUCAAUGAGUGUGCACUGAAUUCUUCUCUUUGUGCAACGAAUGGACACUGCGUCAACACACUUGGGAGCUAUAUGUGCAGAUGCAAUAAUGGAUUCCAAGGAGAUGGCGAUAAGUAUUGUUAUGAUAACUUUGAGUGUCGUAUCAAUGACGAUCCCUGCCGCUUUUGGAAUAAUUCCAUUUGUAACAACACUGAGGGGUCCUUCAACUGCAUCUGCAAACGUGGAUACGCAGGAGACAAUUGCACAGACAUAAAUGAAUGUAACACCAACAAUAACACGUGUCACAGUGAUGCCGAAUGCAUCAAUAUGGAUGGCUCGUACGACUGUAGAUGCAAAACAGGGUUCGCUGGAAGUGGCAAAAUAUGCUCCGACAUUGACGAGUGUGGUAAUAAUAGCCUUAACAACUGUGACAGGGCAAGUACAGAUUGUAUGAACAUUCCAGGUUCUUUCUAUUGUACUUGCGCCAGAGGAUAUACAGGAAAUGGAACGCAUUGCAAUGACAUUGAUGAAUGUUUGAGUAACCCAUGUCAGGAACUGGAAAAGUGCAUAAACAAGAAUGGUACUUUUAGCUGUGAAUGCAAAGCAGGAUACAGAAUGAAAAAUGGAACUUGCACAGACAUUGACGAAUGCACGGAGAAGCAUCCCUGUCCAGUAAAAAAGGAUUGUGCCAACACGCUGGGCUCAUACAUAUGCAGCUGUAAAACAGGGUACCAGACUGACAUGGACAGAGAUUGUUCAGACAUCAACGAGUGUGACCAACCAGAUCAAAACAACUGUUCGAAGAAGGUUGGGCUCUGUCAAAACUAUGAUGGCGGUUUUCAGUGCCAGUGCCAGACUGGUUACACAGGAAAUGGGGUCAUAUGCAUCGGAAAUAAUACCUGUGAGACAGAUAUAUGUGGUGUAAAUGGGACCUGCCACGUAACUGCAGAAAAAAACAUAACCUGUGUCUGCAAUGAGGGAUUCAUCCUGAAUGGUACAAGCGAAACGCCGUGUGUCAACAUCAAUGAGUGCAAUUCAUCAGUAGGGGCUGACAAUAGGACACCGUGUGAUCCAUUGCAUGGGUUAUGCAUGGACACAGUGGGCAGCUACAAGUGUGCGUGUAAGCAUGGAUAUGAACUGGACCCGGAUGAGCGCACUUGCAAUGAUAUCAACGAGUGCCAGAGUGGCACACCUACAUGCUUGGGAAACUCUACUUGUGUGAACACAGAGGGCUCCCACAACUGCACUUGCAGCAUCGGUUAUACAUACAAUGGAUCAUUUUGCUUUGACGUUGACGAAUGUCAACCUGGGGACAAGCAAGCCUGCGGCGAGGCGGCCGUGUGCCAUAACACCGUGGGCUCGUAUUCUUGCUCGUGCAUCGCGGGAUACAAGCUCGUCAAUAAAGCAUGCGUGGACGUGGAUGAAUGUGUGUCUGGGAAUUCCCCAUGCCCUCUGUUUGAAAUCUGCGAGAACCUGCCGGGUUCAUUCAAGUGUGUCUGCCAGGAUGGAUACAACUACAAUGGGCAGCAGUGUGUGGCAGAUAAUUGCAAGGAAGCUGCCUGCACUCCUGGAUACUGCAAGAACGAAGGAGUGUGUGCCAACAAUGUCACCUGUACCGCCACCUGUCACUGCCCGAUUGCUUACAGAGGUGACAAGUGCCAGUAUGGUGCCAGCUCCGUCGGUGCCACUUUUAAAGGCACACAGAAGGCGGAAUUCACUAUGUGGUUUAAGAAUCCUGACAUAAUAAAUGAUACAGAGUCAUUCCGUGAUCAUGUUUCCAAUACAUUAGACACAAUACCCAAUUACUACGACUGCUCUGUGGAAAACAUGAGCAUAAUAAAUACAACCACGUACGUGAACAGCACAGCUAGAUUCAAUUACACAACGAGUGUCCAGGUCUUCUCCAUUUAUAACGGGUCUCUUGAGAAAAAAAUGUAUGCGUUAUUCACUACAAAUAAACGCAUGUUCGAGGGCUUACAAUUACUCAACAUCACUGUGCAACAGAUACUUUCAUUGGAGGAGCUGUUGAAGGCUGUGGUGUGCGAGACGGCAUUGCCUGGAUACCAGCCUUUCACCGAUCCCAAUGACGGCAUCCGGUGUCAGUCCCCCUGUGCCAAGCAGAACAACUGCUUGAAUGGGGGGAAGUGCGAAAGCACAGAGACUGGGCCAGUGUGCUUCUGCAACCAAGAUGGUAUUUACCAUUAUACUGGGACCAGAUGUGAAAACCUGACUAUCACAUCACCAGCCUUUUUUGGGAUCUUGUUCGGAAGCCUGGGCGGCCUGCUCCUCAUCUUAAUAGCCAUCAUUGUGUUCUGGAGACAUCGAGUUUCUGGAUCCUACAAGAUGUUUAAAAGUGGAAACAGUGAUUUUGAAGACGAGGAGAGUAGUGAAGGGAAACUCCCCUACUUCAAAUCAUGGAGAACACAAAGUGGUAUCGAAGACAGCCAGUCAAGCAGCAAUCUUUCUCAUAUAAUUCCCUCAAACUGGAGCCCAGUGCUUUACAAUAUUAGCAAUACUAAGAUGACACUUCCAAGACCAUCACUUAUGGAAAAAAGUGAAUCGGAUACAUCGAAAGAGAAAUUAUAAAGAAGAUAUACGUUUUAAAGUGUGCUUUAAUAGAAAAAAAAUGUCUCAUGAAUUUAAAUAUAUUAACACGUGCAGUCAGUACAUAUUACAGUUUAUGAAAUAGACUCGGUAUCUGUAGUCCAUCGUCACUAGCAUGGUACUAACCGAUGGGGAUUAAUGUUUUACCACCACAUUUAAAAAUUAUUUAUGAUAUCAAUAUGGACAAGUGCAUAUAUAAUUUGAUUGCACAACCUAAUAUUUUGCAUACAAUAUUAAUGUCAGAAGCUUGCCGCACGCCUGACAUCUGUAUACCUUGUUCUCAGAAAACGCUUAUGGAAAUAGAUAAUUCCAAUAAUGAGAUGCCAAUUUUGAUAUAUAUAUUUUUUAUGGUGAUGGGUUCUAAACGUUACAUAUAUUAACUGAAGAGAGGUUCUCGAGAGCUUCCUCUAAUUGAGGUCCAGCAGUGGUUUGAGGAAAACAUUGCAUGGUUGCACCAUUACCUUUUAGAUAUUUAAAGACAUUUAUUGCACUAUGUUAUAACUAUACAGUUGAAUAAGCAAUUGGUUGACACAUUUGCCCUGGGGUUUAAGGUUUGCAGGUUCAAAUCGAAUCUCAGCUACAAUAAUGGCAAUGUUGAGCAGACUAAAUAAAGCAAUUUUAAAAUAGGUUGAUAUAAAAGAUCCCACCAAUAUACAAUUUGCAUUCGCAGGUCACAGGUACAAGUAAUAUAUUCCAUCAGACACGAAAUAUAUACAUUGCUGCUUUCCGAAUUAUUGACGCCAUUGUCUUAAGCUGGUUACGUUUGGACUAACACGAAUGGAAAGACAAUAGAUAAGGCGGAGAGAAAGCAUAAACCUCAAGUAAUCAUCAGCAGCAUCCAUGUUCUAUCCACUGCUGAAUGAAGGCCUCUCUUUGCCGCUACCAUUUCCCACAGUUCCCCGAUGCCACAAUCCAUGCCACUCAUGCACGUGAGCCAAUCUCAUCACUCACGCAGUAGUGAACAGAUCAUGACUUCAUAAUGGUGACGAUUUUACAGGAUACUAUAUGUAUCCGUGCCUAAAAAUAUUCUGUUUCACAUGGAUAGCAUAUAAAAAUUGCAUACAUUGUGGAGACCAGGAUUCCUUUUGAUAACUGCAGAAAGUGCCUGAGUAUUUUCUUGUUCUAAAUAACGUGUCAUAUUGUGUUAAUGUUUAUAUUUAUGUCAGUGUAAUAACAUGCAUGUAUUUCUCUUACAACACACCUCUCACUUUGAAAUGUUCCAUAUAGGAUUUAUUCGUAUUGUAUACAUUCUUAAACUCUAUAAAACGUAACAACCACAACUUCAAAUAAAUAUUCUGAAAGCGCGGCCUCUCCACUUAACAAUUUAUGAUAAGCUUACACAAAUACACACACGGAAAUGGACAACAUUACAUAUCUUGCAACUUAAUGUUUUUUAAAGAAAAUUACACAACACACACAUUAUCACGUCAGCAAAUUAAACUUUACUUUCAAAAUGUGGCAUCCAUUAUUGUGAUAAUUUUUUUAAACAUCUAUUUCAGUCAUGUGAUUCUUGUAUAAUUAUAAUAAUAAAAUUAUUGGAUUCUG